GUGGCUGAGAGCUGGGGUAAGGCAGGGCAGACAUGGGGCAGGAGCUGUGAGCCUGGAGGGGGCGGCCCUGGGUCGGGAGCUGCUACCACUGGGGGCCCAGCCCGCAGUAUCUGGGAGGAGGGGUCCAUUAUGCGUGCCUCGGUCAAGUACAAUAUAAGGGGUCCUGCCUUAAUCCCCAGAAUGAAGUCCAAACAUCGGGUUUACUACAUUGCUCUCUUCUCUGUGGUCCUUUUGGGGCUCAUUGCCACGGGGAUGUUUCAGUUUUGGCCUCACACCAUUGAACCAUCUGGGGACUGGAGUCCUGAAAAGCGCAGCGUUCAUGAUGUCCCAGCAGUAAGGCUUCCAGAAAACAGUCCAUUGCCAGAGAGGGGGGACCUUAGCUGUAGAAUGCACACCUGCUUUGACGUGUACCGCUGUGGCUUCAACCCCAAGAACAAAGUGAAGGUGUACAUCUACCCUCUGAAGAAAUAUAUUGACGAUUCAGGGGCAUCUGUGAGUGGCGCAAUAUCCCGCGAAUACAUCCAGCUGCUAAAUGCUGUUUCUCAGAGUGAUUUUUACACAGAGGACGUAAACCGAGCUUGUCUCUUCUUACCCUCUCUUGAUGUCUUAAAUCAGAAUACUUUGCGGAUCAAAGAGACUGCACAAGCAUUAGCACAGCUUCCAAGGUGGGACCGAGGUACAAAUCACUUACUGUUCAACAUGCUUCCUGGAGGACCCCCGGAUUACAACACAGCUCUGGAUGUUCCCCGUGACAGAGCCGUGUUGGCUGGUGGAGGAUUCUCGACUUGGACUUACCGCCAAGGCUAUGAUGUCAGUAUUCCCGUUUACAGCUCCCUAUCUGCAGAUGUCAACUUACCCGAGAGAGCACCUGGUCCCCGAACGUUCUUCAUCCUCUCCUCCCAGACUACCCUGCAUCCAGAAUUCCGCACUGACCUCGAAACGAUCCGUACAGAGAAUGGAGACUCUGUUCUGCUCCUGGACAAAUGCACUAACCUCUCCGAAGGAGCCAUGCCACAUCGCAAGCGAUGUCAUAAAAAUACUGUUUAUGAUUAUCCUCAAGUACUCCAGGAAGCUACAUUUUGUCUUGUCAUCCGUGGAACCCGAUUGGGACAAGCUGUUCUCAGUGAUGUUUUGCAAGCUGGCUGUGUCCCCGUCAUCCUCGCCGAUUCCUAUAUUCUCCCUUUCUCCGAGGUCCUGGACUGGAAAAGAGCGUCUGUGGUGAUACCUGAAGAUAAAAUCCUGGAAAUGUACAGUGUUCUGCAGAGCAUUCCUCAGAGGCAGGUAGAGGAGAUGCAGAGACAGGCCCGCUGGUUCUGGGAGGGCUAUUUCCAGUCAAUGAAACACAUUGCGUUGGCGACCCUCCAAAUCAUCAACGACCGGAUCUACCCCUACGCCGCCAGGUCCUACGAGGAGUGGAAUGACCCUCUUUUUGUGAAAUGGAGCAGUGUAUCCAAUCCUCUGUUCCUGCCGCUGAUCCCUCCACAGUCGCAAGGAUUCACUGCCGUAGUGCUAACAUUUGACCGUGUUGAAAGCCUGUUCCGUGUUAUCACAGAGGUGUCUAAAGUACCAAGCCUGUCCAAGUUGCUGGUGGUUUGGAAUAACCAAAAUAAGAGCCCACCUGAAGUUUCUCUUUGGCCCAAGAUCCGCGUGCCCUUGAAAGUGGUGAGGACCGUUGAGAAUAAACUGAGUAAUCGUUUCUUCCCGUAUGAUGAGAUUGAAACAGAGGCUGUGCUAGCCAUUGAUGAUGACAUCAUUAUGCUGACCUCGGAUGAGCUGCAGUUCGGUUAUGAGGUUUGGAGGGAGUUCCCAGACAGGCUGGUGGGAUAUCCGGGUCGACUACACCUGUGGGACCACGAGAUGAGCAAGUGGAAGUACGAAUCGGAGUGGACCAAUGAGGUUUCAAUGGUUCUGACUGGAGCAGCUUUCUACCACAAGUAUUUCAAUUAUCUGUAUACCUACAAAAUGCCUGGAGACAUCAAGAACUGGGUUGACGCUCACAUGAAUUGUGAAGAUAUUGCUAUGAACUUCCUAGUGGCCAACUUGACCGGAAAAGCUCCUAUAAAGGUAACUCCACGGAAGAAAUUUAAAUGUCCUGAGUGCACUGCGAUCGAUGGACUGUCACUGGAUCAGACGCACAUGGUAGAAAGGUCUGAAUGCAUUAACAAGUUUGCUACGGUUUUUGGUACAAUGCCCUUGAAGGUGGUGGAGCACCGGGCAGAUCCUGUACUGUACAAAGACGACUUCCCGGAAAAGCUAAAAAGCUUCCCAAACAUCGGCAGCUUGUGACAUCUAAGAGGGAUUUCGAUCACUCCGCUUCCUGGAUACUAAUUCUGUCCCGGCGACAUCCCAUUCACACGCAGGAGACUUAAAUUAUUUCAGAAUGUCUAAACUUUCAGCUUGUCGUUCAUUUUUUUUAAUCUUCUGUUUUAUUAUUGCUGCCCAAAUGCAUUACUCUAAACAAUUCCCAAGCUUUAACACGAGCCACAUCACCCUGGAACUAAUCUGAACCACACGUGCGUUAACCUGCUUUAUAUUUCAAUCAUUUUGCUCAAAACCUAGUAUCUGUCUAUCUGGUUUUACGGUGAAAUUGACGAUCCAGAGUGAACAGUAUAUUUAACGGUUGCAGCCAGUAAUAUUUAUAUAAUCAUGGACCUAAUAUUGGUUGUCCCUCUGUCCUGUGACCUGCAAUUCAUAGCAACAAUUUGUAGAACUGAUCUCCUAAUGUAUCCAAACUGUAACUUCUUUGUGUUGUCAGUCUGCAACUCCCAUGAGCCUCAGCAAUUCUGAUGCAGAGCAUCAUGGGGUUUGUGAGUUUCACAACAGCUGGAUAUCAUCCAUUUUGCAUGUUGGCAGCUCCAGUCCACGUAUUUCAACACUUUGUAUGUGCUUAAGUUCAUUUCGUUCUGUGCUCUCAUUACUCAUGUUUUGUUUUAUUUUUGUUUUUUUUAAAUGUAUUUUAUUGAUUUGAUUACAGAUAGGUUGCAUAUCACAUUUUUUGUUGUAUCAUUUUGUUUUUAACUUGUGUUAUACUGACAAACCUGUCUUUUAAGCCUCCCUGCGUAUUUUGUGUUUUCUAAACUGUUACUUACACAAUGUUUAAAUGUAAACAAUCUAUAGUAUAAUAAUGUACGUCCUACUCAAGCCUUUAAUAGAACAGGCUUUUAAAAACAGUUUUUCCAAAGCUUGUUUGAGGAUACUUUUUCUGUUGCAUUUUCCAGCAAUUUAAAGGAAUUCUAAUGAUCUGGCUGUGCGUCUACAAGAAUUGUAUUGGUCAGUGU